GGAGCUGGACCGAGAUGUACAAGAGAAGCUCUGAAAGAGAUCAUCUCGAUCUGCAACAAAUAUAUCGAUGGAUCUCGUUCAGAGCCAGGGAGUGACCAAGUUGUUUGAAGUUCAGUCUCAUUUGUAUAAACAUAUAUUUAGCUAUAUAGAUUCCAUGUCAGUUAACUGCGCCAUUCAGCUUGGCAUACCUGACAUAAUCCACAACCAUGGCCGACCCGUUACUCUUUCACAGUUGGUCUCCAAGCUUCAUAUUCACCCCAAAAAAGCUAGCUACGUCCAAAGGCUUAUGCGCUUGUUGGUUCAGUCCGGCUUCUUCGCUAAAACAAAAGUCCAUCAAAAUCAAGAAGACGAAGCAGCAGCAGAAGAAGAAGCAUAUGCUCUCACACCUUCUUCUAGCCUCGUCCUCAAAGAUAAUGUCACCAGCUUGUCACCUUUUGCUCUAGCAAUGCUUGAUCCUGUUAUGGUAAGCCCCUGGCAUUUCUUGGGAGAUUGGCUUCUGGGGAGUCGUGAUGAUCAGCUCACGCCCUUUGAGAAAGCGCAUGGGAUUGGUAACUUGUCCAAAUAGAAGACGAUUGAAGUGGGAAAAGAGAGGGGUGGUUUGUUCUAUCUGCUGCAAGCAUCAAGAAAUCAUACAUCUGUAAUUCCUGUUUCCAAUUCUGUUUCAAUAAAAAUAGUUUCUAUUUUUGUUCUACAAA